UGCCGUACGUGCACGUGCUUUAGAAAAUCGAUUUUUUUAAUGUAGGGUGGUAUUUUUUCGUUACUGAACGAAAUUGUAUUCAUUUGUAUGUAGUUUUGACGUUAAAUACGUAAUUUUUGAGUAAUAAUGAGCAAAUUAAGUUUGUGUGGUUAAGUUUCCCAAUCAGCCAUUUUACAAAGUUUCUAGAUAUCCAUGAUAAACUGACACAUAUUCUAAACACGUCAAAAUUCAUAAUUCGAAGAUGUAUAGAUUACCUUCAGCAGUACGUACCGUAGCACUCCAAAAAUCCCAAAGAAUCGCCCAAGUACAAAGAUGGUACGCCAAAGACGUGAGGUUCGGCGCAGAAGUGAGAGCUCUCAUGCUCCAGGGCGUGGACGUCCUAGCCGACGCCGUAGCCGUGACCAUGGGCCCCAAGGGCCGCAACGUCAUUAUUGAACAGUCGUGGGGCUCCCCGAAAAUCACCAAGGACGGAGUCACCGUGGCCAAGGGCGUCGAGCUUAAAGACAAAUUUCAGAACAUUGGUGCCAGGUUGGUGCAAGACGUUGCCAACAAUACCAAUGAGGAAGCUGGUGAUGGCACCACCACUGCCACUGUUUUGGCCAGGUCCAUUGCCAAGGAAGGUUUCGAAAACCUUGGCAAGGGUGCUAACCCAGUUGAAAUCAGAAAAGGCAUAAUGAUCGCCGUCGAAAAAAUCACUGAAACCCUGAAGACGCUAUCGAAACCGGUGACCACGCCCGAGGAAAUCUGCCAGGUUGCCACGAUCUCCGCCAACGGCGACAAAUCCGUGGGCAACUUGAUCGCCGACGCGAUGAAGAAGGUGGGCAGAGAGGGCGUGAUCACGGUCAAGGACGGCAAAACCCUCACCGACGAGCUCGAAAUCAUCGAGGGCAUGAAGUUCGAUCGCGGUUACAUAUCGCCUUACUUCGUCAACACGACCAAGGGCGCCAAGGUCGAGUACCAGGACGCUCUGGUGCUGCUGAGCGAGAAGAAGAUCUCGUCGGUGCAGAGCAUCGUGCCCGCUCUCGAGCUGGCCAACUCUCAGCGCAAACCGUUGAUCAUCAUCGCCGAGGACGUGGACGGCGAGGCGCUGACCACCUUGGUGGUGAACAGGCUGAGGAUCGGGCUGCAGGUGUGCGCCGUCAAGGCGCCAGGCUUCGGCGACAACCGCAAGGCCACCCUCACCGACAUGGCCAUCUCCACCGGCGGCAUCGUUUUCGGUGACGACGCCAACAUCGUCAAGUUGGAGGACAUCAAGCUGAGCGACUUGGGGCAAGUUGGAGAGAUCGCCAUCACCAAAGACGACACUUUGAUGCUGAAAGGCAAGGGCAAGGAGGAGGACAUCAACAGGCGCGCCAACCAGAUCCGCGACCAAAUCGAGGACACCACCUCCGAGUACGAGAAGGAGAAGUUGCAGGAACGUUUGGCGCGCUUGGCCAGCGGCGUUGCCGUCUUAAAGGUGGGCGGCAGCAGCGAGGUGGAGGUGAACGAGAAGAAGGACCGCGUCACCGACGCCCUGAACGCCACCAGGGCCGCCGUCGAGGAGGGAAUCGUUCCCGGAGGCGGUACCGCCCUUUUGAGGUGCGCCGGCAGCUUGGACUCGAUCAAACCCGACAACAACGACCAAGCUAUCGGUAUCGAAAUUGUGAAGAAAGCCCUUAGAGUGCCUUGCAUGACAAUCGCCAAAAACGCGGGCGUAGAUGGCGCCAGCGUAGUCGCCAAAGUGGAACAAAACACUGGCGAUUAUGGAUAUGAUGCCCUCAAGAACGAAUUCGUCCACAUGUUUGAAAGAGGAAUCAUUGAUCCAACCAAGGUGGUAAGAACAGCUCUUGUGGACGCAUCCGGAGUGGCCUCUCUGCUGACAACAGCCGAGGCUGUCAUCACCGAUAUUCCCAAGGAGGAGCCAGCGAUGCCGGCCGGCGGCAUGGGUGGAAUGGGCGGCAUGGGCGGAAUGGGCGGCAUGAUGUAAGACAUCGCAAGUCAAAAUUCCUCCAAAUUCGCCAAAAGAUAAUUUUUUAAAGACAGUGUUCGGUUGAUUCAGUAGGUCUCGGCGUGUGUCGUUGUAAAUUUUUUUGACUGAAGCUGUCAAACUGACUUUGAUUACUUGAACAUUUGACAGCUAUGUGCGUGUGCGUGUGUGCGUGGUAAAUAUAUACAUUCGUGUUAGUCGUGUUGUUAUUUUUUUAACGCGAAUCCUUGUAUGAAAAAUUGAGAGUUUUUAUAUUUGAAAAAUGUAUAAAACAUGGCACAGCUGGCAUUUCAUUUCCAUUUUUAUCAUGAUUAAUAUCAACUAUGCCAUGAGUGAUCUGAUUUAUGUCAUUGCAUUUAUUUAGAUUUUUGUUCUAAAAACAUACAAACUGUAUAUUGUUAUGAAUAUAUUGUUAAUUUUUUAAC